UCACAUAGACGCUUCAUUUGCUCUAAUGACACGAGCCUUUUCAUCCAUGACAAAUGCGUCUGAAAGCCACUGUGGAUCCCUGUCAAGGUGCACCACGGUCGCUGCCUCUGAGUGUAUUCAGUCGGCGUGAUCAGCGCCUUGUCGUCGUCUAAAUGGAUCCGUUACCGUAUGGCAUUAGUAGUCAGCUUGAGUGCAUCUCACGUGCCGUGCUGCUGUCACAGCCGGGUGAUAUUAACACAUUUUUAGACGCCCAUCUGAAGCAAAUGAUAGAAUUUGCAGGCCCUGACCAAAAAGAUAUUAAAGAGCUUGCCUUUCGAUAUCAAGAGCAAUGGGAGAGCGACUUUUUGAUGACCAUCAGCAGACAAAUAGAAGUCGCCAAGUUGGGAGUCCGAUUGUCUUCAUCGUCUCUGUCCGUUUCCAGAUCAUUAACUCUAUUUGGGGCUGAGAAACUCUCAAUACCGGUGUCAUUGCCGUAUGAAGAGAUCCCGAUAUCUGGUGCUGUGGACAUAGGUGGAGCAUCACAGAGAAAAAAGUCACAACAAGCUUUUACAGCCAGGUCCCCCAGUCAAAAGGAAACCAAAGUGUCGAAAAGGUCUUCAGCACCCACCACCCUACAGGGGCAGCAUAAACCUUCUUCCCAAGGGACAAAACCAAGAGCGGUGUGCAGUGACUCCGUCAAGGAGGAGAAGAAAGAACAGCAGAUCAUCACGCAGCAGGUCAUGGGGCAGCAGAUCAUCGGGCAGCAGAUCGUCAAACAUCCUCAAGCGGCUGGCCCGCCCAACACCCAGCAGAAAGGCUCUCCGCAAAAAAAGCCCAAACCGAGAAAGACGCCCAAAACAAACACUGACAAUUUCACCUGCACAUUAGAAGACUGUAUGUACCAUAAAUCCACAAAUCAGUUUGAGCCGGACAAGAAAUUGGAGGCAGUUAGAACCGGUGCAGGGCCAGCAGUCCAUAAGUACCGGGGUGUUAAAAAACCUGAGCUAGGCCCUGGAUCUGAGAUACGGAUCCCAUAUAGACCCAAAGGAGGGAUGCUUUUUGAUCCAGAACUAAGGUAUAGUCCGCGACUAUGAUGUGUGGAAUUUGAUUUCAUUUCAAAUCGAUCAUCUUUCGAAAUAAAGUGAGUCUGAGAACAAAUGGUCUACAAUUGAUCGAAAAGAGGAAGCAUGCUGCAUAGAAAAUGUAACUCGAAACACUGAAUGUGAUUUAUUUCGGUGAGAUUGUAGCAGGUGUGUGCAAGGCUGGUAUAUUUUUCCAGUUCCUAGUUGUUAAAAAAAACAUUUGUAGCUCACGUAUGUGGCUAGAAUAUCAAUAUCACUGAAUAUUUUAUAAUUGUAUGUCUCAAGUGGCACAGAUAUAUGUAAGACUGGAGUUCCCUCAAGCUUUGUGCUUAUCGACACCCUAUGGACAGUAUCAAAUCUGAAAAAAAACAAGAAUACAAAAGUUUGUACAUAUUGUAUCUAUUUUUUUCUUUGUUUUUGUUAAAGAUAAAAUCUCAAAAUGCUCAUCCAAAUUCAAGAUGGUAAAACUUCUCCAGAAAAGUGUAUAUUUAUUGGGACUGAGUGAA